UUUUGACUAAACUUGGUAGCGUUGAUUAUCAAUCGGGGUAUACGGUAUCGUGGUACGGAGUACCAUUAUUCCUGGCUAUGCUGCCGUUGACUGGAACUCUUUUGCUCUUGCCUUUUUUGUUGAAUCAGUAAGGGCUCAUUCAAUAACUCAUUUGUCGAACUGUAGAUCAGGCUUGUUUUGUACCUCACAACUUUGUGGGCCCCCAACUUUGUAGCAAACAAUCGAAUUAAAAACAUAUUUGAACUUGAAAGACUUUCAAGGAAAGUGCAGCUAGAGAAUUGUUUGACCAAGCACCUCCUCGUUAUAUCCUGUUUUAUUAUUUCCACCACUUGAGUGACUAACGUUCUUUCUACAUUGAAAGUGGAGAAGGAAAGUAAAAAUUAAACCGUUGCCAAUUGUCACCGUAAAAAGAUAACAAAAAUUGAAUUCGUAAUCAGACAAAAAUCUCAAGAGUUAUCUCAAAUUAUCUGUAAAACUUGUUUUGUGGGCAUUUCCACGAGCCUGUUCGUUAUUGUUUUCCUCGACAUUUUGGCAGCAGCUUCAGCUUCGCUGAUAACGGCAGCUUGGAGAAUGGAGAGCAGCUACAAAACCUGCAGAAACCAAAUGUUGUAAAACAGAAAGAUUUCAGUUUACGAUUGAAAAAGAAAAAAAUAAGAUUCCAACAUUACUAGCUAAUAAUCGUAUUAAAAUGAGUUUGUUUUUGCCAAAUUCACCCAAGACUAUGAGAUAACGAAGAGUAAGUUUCAUCUUGCUGAAAUGAGAUUGGAAGGUUCGAUUUUGCUGAGUGAUUGUCGAACACUGGUAAUACUAUUUUUGGAAUAUCACUCUUCCGCAGCUCUUGGUGGUUCUUUUUCUCUUUCUAUCAUUGCGACGAUGGCGGCUAUGUAGCCUACGGCUGGUUUAGCGACAAAUCGAUUGCGGGACUACUCGGAUGGGAACCGGAACAUGUGCCGCCCGCCCUGUUUUUCCCUUUCUAUAUAGUCAUCGGCUUGGACGCUCUUAUUCGGCUCGCUGGCUCUCCCGCCGUCAGCUGACAGCCUUCUCACGCAGCGUCGUUCGCGGGAAUUAUAUAUAAAGAAAAGAAGUAAAAGAAAAAAAGGUAUAUAUAAAAAAUAUAGAGACAAACAAAGAUGGCCGCUCCUGCAAAAUAUCAAGGAAAACUAUCCGUUUAAUAAUAAAUUCAAUCAUUUCAUCGAGGCAAUUAAACGAAUCAAAUUCAACGCUUCGCUAUAGAAUAGUUGAACCGUCGAAAUGAGCAAAAAGGAGUGUGGGGGGACGGACGAAAUCGAGUUGAGUGGAGUUUGAAAAGGGCCGCCAGCGAUAAUCUGCGAUUGUGUGUUGAAGAAGAGAGAGAGGGAAACCCUAUAGCGUCAAUCCAAAUAGAGAGGGAUGAACAAGAGCAAGAGGGCUGCAGCUGCUGCUAUCCAUUAUGUACAGCACAGCAUCGGGACUUAAAUGCGCCGCGAGGACCCGCUUUUUAUUAUAAUAUUAUAGAAUGCGGUCACCGUUUAACUUCCAUUAUAUUCUCCCGACACACAGCGCACACAAGAAAAUUCGGAAAUAAAAUCAAAGUGAAAAGUUUCAAAUCACUUGAAGCUGUUUGUCGAACCCCCCCAAUCCUGUCAAUCAAAAAUCUCCCCCCACUCACUAUUCUUUAAAUCCCUCUGAAUUACCGUAUCUGAAAUUCAUUCCUAAACUUUUGUAUCGACGAAAAUUAUAAGCUCAUUAUAAUACACACACAUUUCGAUUUCGAUAGAACAAAAUGGCGGACCGAACGAACUUGUGUGCCGACCUCAAAAAAUCUAAAUCUCCGAUAAAAAUCGAAUACGUCGGUCAUCUUUUGUUGCCUAUCGGUCGGCCGCUCCCACAUUUUUGCGGCUUUCUUGUAUUUUCCUCAUCGAGAAAAAACAAAACGUUGUACACUAGAGAGAGAUAAGAUAAAAUGCCGGACAGCAGCAGCAACUAGCAGCGGCUCGGAGCUCCUUUAUAUUCUCCCGCUUGCGUCUUUUUAUGAUGUCAGCCGAACGAGAGAUCACACACAAGAAUUAUUAUUUCUCUCUCUGUAUGUUAUAACAAUAGAAAACGUUAUUGGGUUUUUUCUCUCUACUGUCGUAUAUAGGUGGAGCCAUCUUAUGUUAUAGCCCAGGCUGAUAGAUAUAGGACUCAAUUCUGUGUGCCCAGGCUCGAGAGGUUUAUUGCGGUUGAGUAGACUUUUUGGACUUUUUUCUCCCCCUUGGAUUAAUACAAAAAAUCGUUCGCUGUAUGUUUAUAAAAAAAUAUAAGAAUUAAGAUCAGAUCAACUGAAUCAGCUGUGCUCUAGGCCCGGUAGAAAAUGAUAUUUUCCACUGGGGUGGUCUUAUUUCUCUCUCCCGUUCAGAAAAAUGAUUUGUUUGUUAUUUUUGUGUGGGGGGUAACAUUCAUAAGGAUUUCCGUAUGGGGAGUGAACGUACAGUAAGCAAUUAAUUGUUUGUCCUGACUGGUUAAACAAGAGAGAGAAAAAAGAGGGAGAGUAUAGAGACAACAAAAAAGAAAAAGUGAACUCUUGUGUGUACCUCACACCUGGAGCCAAGGGAAAACACACACACAAUUAUUAUUGUCACCCUCAGGACUGGCACAACUGUUGCCUAUACAUGACUCACAUGUGUGUGUGUGUGUAACCAAGGCAUAAUGUUACACCGUCGGUCAAACAUUCGCCCAUAUAUCUACUGGGACAGCAGCACAUCAGCGUGCGCUGCCAAUGCGCUGAAUUAUUGAAAGAAUUUAUCCAGAGACGGGAAUCGCAUGUCGAGCUCAUCUCCGCCAGACGGAUAUCGAUACAACUCUGUUUUUUUAAAUGGACACAUAGAGGUAGGGGGGAAGAUGUAUUCAUAAAACACACGAGAUACAUGUCAUCUGUUCAAAAACCCCCAAACAUGGACGGGCGCCGUCACGAUAUGCAUUCUGGUUCCCCCCUAAUAUGGAUCGAAAGAAAACUUGUAUCAGUAAAAUGCCAUCUCGAUAUAUACUAUUCAUCACAUCUCUAAGCUCUUUUUUGGAUUUGAACGAUUCGGGACUUAGAGUGUUAGAUAUAUUUACAGCUGUGGGCGAUGAUAUCUCCCGAUUGCUAUCUCGACACAAAAAAUCGAAUUUCUCGUCGGGUUAAAUCGAACGUGUUUUGGUGGCGGUUCUUAUUAUAUGUAACAGGACAGCGAUAUGAUCGUAACAGCUUCAUCGAUGGUCUCUCUGCUGCAAUCAACAACACUAUUAUAUACAAGUCGCGGCCCAUGGUGGUGUGUAUUAGAGGAGAAGCGAUUGGUUCCGCUCCAUUCACGCCAGGCGGGCCGGGUGCUGCUGCUGGAACAUGCACGUGUUAUUCCCCCCUCUUGUACUAUUCAAUUCACCAAAGUAUUUUUUUUUAUUCCAUCGUCGAUGAUGGGCAAAAGGUGAUGCUGAUUCGAUUCGUCACAGCGGUCUCUGGAUCGCUCCUAUUCUCUAUGAUAUUAUAGGCCGUCAAAAUGUCUAUCCAUCAAGCAACCAGCCUUUUUCCCCCCGUUCCGUCGUGUACAUCGACACGCCUAUCAAAUUGCGCAUUUGUCUUGGCGCCAUUAUUCACGCCGACUGACUUUGACUGCCUGUUGUGUCCUAUCCUAUAUGUACUGCAGUUUGUUGCCUAUUGUGUCCUAUAGAAACUUUUGGCCAUAGUCUAUACACUCUCAAACUGAGAGAGAGAGACGUGGUGUUGCGUUAUUCAUUCAAUACAAAAGGGAGAGUCCGAAAUCGACAGGUUAUAUAAGCUGAUGCGCAUUUCUAUAUUUUUUCUUCCCCCCAAUGUUCGUGUCAAGAUGAGAUCAUCGGCACUGAUGACGUCGUAAAUGAACUUGGAAUUUUGGCUGUUUUUUUUUUUCGGUGAAUCACGCCGCUCCAUCUGCGGAAGAAAGAAAAACGAACGAGAUGACGAGGUGGAAGCCAGAGCACACAUCUCUCAUUUGGAUAUAUAGACCAAUUUGCAUACCAGCAAUAAUGUACUACUUGACUGACCUUCGUUCGAAAUUAAGCCUCGGGCGAUUAUUAAAACAGAUUUUAUGGUGGCAAAACUCAAACGUCGAAUCACUUUUCUUAUAUCCUCCGUAAAGUAAAGAGAAGAAAAUUGAGCUCAUCGAUUGAAAUUGAAAUUCAUUCGAUGAUGUAAGCGGGGUGAAGUUUUCCCGUCGAAUAUGAUUGGCUGCUGUGGGUCGUCGGGGGAUGAAAUAGCUCACGGUGAUUGGUCGCCGUCUCGGCGCACGCUCUACUAUCACACACUCACGCCCAGUGUGUGUGUGUAUCUCUACACAGUAGUUAACAGGGAAAUAAAGUACGGACCCGCCCAGCCUCAACCCCCGGCGUCACCACACACACUCCGUCGAAAAGGUGGGGGUGGAGAGUUACAAGCCGUACACGUUUGAUGUGUCAUUUGGAGAGAGAGGGAAAAAGGAGGAGUAGAUAUUAUGUACAGCAGAGAACGACGUCCGGCAUUUAAAGGCUUGUUUGUCCGGCACGUGCCAGUCACACUCCAGCCAUUGACACCGUCAGUCGGCCUACAUAACCGUUCGACAUCUAAAUCCGGAAUUCCUCCAGGAAUUAUACAAGAACCCCAGUGAAAUAGUCAAAGAAAAAGAGGCGGGAAAAAAUGAAUUUCGAUUUAGAAUCAGUUAACCGGCAGUUUUUGAUCGAGUCGUCGGCCUCGGCGUCGCACUGCCUGGCCGAUUUCACGGCCGAUUCGUCGACUUUCUACGACGAAUCGUGCGGGACCCGCUCGCCGUCGGACGAUUCGGAAUUGAUGAGCGGGAGCGACGCCGAGUCGGCCUAUUCCUCGUCGCCGGACCAGCGGAGCAGCGACAGCGGGACCGGAGGAGCUUCGUCCUCUUCGCUGCUGCGGACGGCCAAUUCCAGCAGCGGCGUCGGCAGCAGCAGCAGCCGCUCUUGGCGUCGCAAGCGACGCUGCGGCCACCAGCAGGUCCACCAGCGGCAGGCAGCCAAUUUGCGGGAGCGUCGCCGCAUGCAGUCCAUCAACGACGCCUUCGAGGGCCUACGGACCCACAUCCCCACUUUGCCCUACGAGAAACGGCUGUCAAAGGUGGACACGCUGCGUUUGGCCAUUGGCUAUAUUGGUUUUCUUGCCGAGUUGGUGGCUAACGACCGACACCCCACCGACGUCCUUCAGAACGCCGUACCUGAGCCGCCGAAAAAGAUCUUCAUUAGCUCAACUAAAGAUGUGCAACAUCACGGGGUGGUGUCCGUGGCCUCAGUCCAUUCAAUAUCGUGGUCAUCGGAGAAGGAGAACGCCAGCGCUUCGCAUCCGGGUGGCGUCAUGGUGGCUAAACUUUGGACGCCAGAAGAUCCGCGUUCACUCCGCACGCACCAAGAAAGCGGCGGCGGCGGUCCGUUCGCUCAAGCGAAUUGAAUAAAUCAAGAAUU